AUGAGUUCUGUCAAUAGUUUAGAGGUAUUUCCUUGGAAUAAUGUGGAUGGAUUUUUACGGUCACAUCAUGGUGUUGAAGUUUUACAUGCUUAUCGUUCGUUUCGGAAGUUAUUUCUGCGUUUGGAGUCAAUAUGUCUGGAUAUUAGUUUUUUGAAAACAUGCCGAGCGAAUAGUGUUAUUCCUAAAUUUUUAUGGUUUAAUAUGUCCAGUCGGCAUCUUACUUGGUCACGUGUGUAUCAGGAUUGUCAACGGCGAUUUUUAAACGUAGAAAUUGAUUGGAAGUACCAGUACUUUUAUAGGACGAAGUUUGAAUAUGAAUCAUGGUUGAAUUGGCUUCGGGAAUUGGUGUCGUGUCGCCUUUUCGAACACUUGUAUUUGAUGGUUGUCAAUUAUUGUCGACCACUAAUAAAAAAGAAGGAAAAUGUUUUGCAAGGAAAGCUUUGGAAUUUGGGUGUGCGUUAUGAAUGUUACGAAGUUAACGAUUCAAAAGUCGUACAAAAUAUUUCAACUCGUAUAGUAUCUGAUGAAGAAAUUCAAUGUCUUGCUAAUGGAUUAGAUUAUGGUUUAAUUCCUAAACGAGUCGAUAAACUCAUGAUUGCUAGUAAUAUUGAACAAUUCUACCAUCGUGUUACCGAUAUCGCCCAACAUCAUAAGAAAUUCAUGAACGAGCUAAAGGAAGCUGGAGCUGGAGCAAUUGUUAAAAGUGAUGUGCGUGUUGUGAAUCCAAAAGAGCUUACAUUGGCUGCUGAUUUGCGUUCGCUAACUCAAUCGUUCCUUCAUAAGGCUAAUGAAUUUCAACAGCAAAUAACAAACUCGACUCUAAAGAAAAGUAUUAUCGUACUAUCCUGA